AUGACACAUCCUUCCACAAAGAAGCAGAAAACAAAAGCUUCAUCAUCGUCUUCACCACUAGGGCCCCCACUUGAAUCAACUUCUUUGAAUUCAGAUUCGCAUGGAUCCUCCACAGGAAGAUCCCAAACAGUGAAAAUAUCCCGCGCAAUCUCAGCUUGCAAGCGAUGUCGAACCAAGAAAAUCAAAUGUGACCAGAAAUUUCCGCAAUGUGGGAAAUGUGCCCAGCACAAUGUCGAAUGUAUGGGGCUAGAUCCAAUUACUGGGAGGGAAAUACCACGUAGUUAUAUUGUUCAUUUGGAAGAGAGGGUGAAGUUUUUGGAGGGAAAGUUGAGUGAAUUGGGUGGACGUUCUGAUGCUCAUGUCCUGGCCGAUACUGAGGUCUAUGUUAGUGAGAAUGGGCGAGAAACUAGCAAUAACAAUGAUUUUAUUACCCUUGGCGACAGUGAAAAGGUUGUCGCAGACAAUGGUUGGACUGCUCAAAGCAUAACGGAGAAUGGAAAUAAGUCCCACGCUCAUUCAUUGGAAAGUGAUAAAAGCGGAAAGAAAGGAAGUAAUAAAAUCAGCUUUCUGAAGUUAAUGUCCACUGCAGUUAAAGUUCAAAAGCGACAUGAAAAAAGCGCUGAUGAUGACAUCACAAGCAAAGACGAGGAAGAUCAAGAUCCAAGAGCAAAUGUCGAUGCUGAUGGUUUAUCUGACGAUGAGCUUAAGCAGGCAGCAGUACUACCGCCCAAGUCUACAGCUCUACAAUUUUGUCAAAUAUUUUUUCAUCAAUGCAAUCCUCAGUUCCCCAUCAUGCAUCGUGAAGAGUUUAUUCGCGAUUAUUUUAUUCCGAUAUAUGGACCACUUGAACUGAGUCGAUUUCAGUUUGCCAGUAAUGACGGAUCCGUCAAUGCUUCAUUCUGGGAGAGCGACUUUAAUGACGGCGGUGAAGGUGGAUAUUGGUUUGAUGAAUACAAGUCGCAAUUUCAACAACUACUUACCAAAGAAAACGAAUCAAAUAGCGCCAACAACAAUAUUGAUAUCAGGGCAAUUUCAAAUACAAUUGUCCCACCUCGAAGAUUCCAUGUCCCACUAUUUUUUCUCAAUAUGGUGUUUGCUAUUGCGUCAUCAGUACAUCAUUUGAAAUAUCCAUCGCAGAUAUCGGAGUCAUUUCGUUUAGCGGCAAUGAAAUACUACAAUGUCGUCAAACGAAAUAUUGACCAAUUGAUGGCUUUGCAGGGAAUACUACUUUAUGCGUUUUAUUCCAUAAUGCGGCCAACAAAUCCUGGGGUGUGGUAUAUCAUGGGGGAGGCUUUACGCAUGUGUGUUGACUUGGACUUGCAAAAUGAACUCAAGACGAAGUCACGGCAAAAUAUGAACAUUGAUGGGUACACAAGGGACAAGAGAAGAAGAAUCUUCUGGUGUACGUACUCCAUUGAUAGGCAAAUUUGUUUCUACUUGGACAGACCAUUUGGCAUUCCUGAUGAGAGUAUAAACACUCCGUUGCUCAGCGUGUGGGAUGAUCUGAAAAUUUACACUCAUGAUUCCAUCAUGGACUACACUAAGUUGAGCAAUGAUGAAGGGUUCAUUGGUGAUGUGGUUAGCUACAAGAAUGUGUCUUUGGCAUUCAUAACUAUACGGCAACUACAAAGUGAAGUUACAAAGAUUCUUUAUACGGGAGCUGAACUUCCGCGAAGGUACACCGAUUUGUCACAAUGGAAGGGUGAUAUUUUGGCAAGAUUGACCCAUUGGUAUCAAAACUUGCCCACUCCGAAACAAAUGAAUUGUAAUUUCAACCCUAUUUUUUUCCAUUUGAAUUAUCAUCAUACUUUGUUGUACAUCCAUGGGUUGGGACCUCGCAAUUAUAAUUUAACCAUGGAUGACAUACGCCAAGUUUCGAUUUCUGCCAAAGAGGUGAUUAACUGUUAUACACAGUUGUACUUGACCAAAUCAGUUAAUUAUACAUGGGCAGCAGUACAUAAUUUAUUCAUGGCUGGUACAUCCUACUUAUACUCAUUGUACAAUUCCGAUGAAAUCAGAGCCAUGAAUCCGAUAAACACCGUUAUGCUCAGCUGUUCCAAUUGCUUGAAGAUUUUGUCUAGUUUGAUCGAUAAAUGCGAUGCAGCUCAAUAUUGUUGCGAGAUUUUCCAGAAUCUUACUUUGGUUAUUGUUAAGUUAAAGUAUCCUAAUGAGCUGAUCAAUCAAUUUAUGUCGGGGAGUGGCAGCAAGAGACAAGGAGAGAUUGGAGAACACGGUCGCAAAAAUGGCUCCGAUGUUGAUGUCUCGGCAGCAAACGGUGAAGGUGCAGGUGACAAGGGUGAAACUAAAGUGAGUCGCGAAUCGUUAUACCGAAUCAACAAUGGGAAUGUUCACUCUAAUUUAUUCCAAUUGGUUAAUGAGUUGGAUCAUUUGAACCCAUUGACGAAAAGCUCACCACAAAGUGUUGGAACUCGGGGAGAUCAGCUUCUGCAACACCAGUCACCACAAGGAUCUCACUCGCAGCACCAAAAUCGUCUGCCACAUCACCAGGAAGACAAUCACCACAAUGCAGGAGGAUCGCAGAAUGUGGUUGUGACCUCCUCCGAGUUUGCACAUGGGUUUGAAUAUCCAGACUGGAAUGACGAAGAAUUGGAUUUCUUUUUUCAAGAAUUGAAUCACAACAAUCAAGUCGUUGGUACAGCAACAACAACAGGCACCGUCCUGGACAAGUCAACGCCUCCCCCUCCUGUUGAUGGCACGCAUCUCGAUGGUACCCAAGUUUCUGAGCCACCUCACUUUCCCAUCCACCAACAUCACCAACAACAACAUCCACAUCAUUCCCCAACCUAUUCUUCGGAAUUUCCUCCUCAACUUGGGAGCUCCUUACACGCUAGGUCUUCGAAUACCCGCGAAGGAAGACGGACUUUUGAAUUGAUGCACAAUGCACCAACAGAAAAAAUAUGGGAAGAGUUUUUCACAUCAAAGUGA